AUAAUUAAUAAACAUUCCUUAAAGUUACGGGUUGUCACAGUCUGGUUUUAGAAGAUGAUGAUGGCCCAGUCCGACGUCGUUUCAACAUCGUCCUCUGUUUGUAAUGGUGAUGAUGGAGUUGCAGAAAACUCUGCAAUAAUGGCUGAUGGAGAAAGAGCGGAAUCAGACCACCAUAUAACUACAAUAAUGGCUGCUCAUCAUCAUCACCCCAAUACCACUGAUGAGAGUACGUACAAUAAUGAUGAUGAAGGGGGAAAGUCGAUUUGGAAGAACAGAGUGGAGAGUUGGAAGGAGAAGAAGAUGAACAAGAAAAACAUUUCUUCAUCAUCAGCUUCCCAAACAACUGAAGAAAAGCCACAGUGGGAUGUGGAGGGUGGAGAGAGGCUAUCAUCAAUAAUCCCAAUAGGGAAGGCCCAAAUUGGGCCAUACAGAAUAGUGAUCAUACUGAGGCUUAUAAUAUUGGGCCUUUUCAUCCACUACAGACUUACCAAUCCAGUGGGCAGUGCUUACCCUUUGUGGCUCACUUCAGUCAUUUGUGAGAUUUGGUUUGCUUUCUCUUGGUUGUUGGACCAGUUCCCCAAAUGGGCCCCCAUUAACCGCCGGACUUACAUUGACCGCCUCUCUAAUCGGUAUGAAAGGGAGGGAGAGCCGAACGCCCUUGCCGCCGUCGACUUCUUUGUCAGCACGGUGGAUCCGGCGAAAGAACCGCCGCUGAUCACCGCCAACACGGUCCUCUCCAUCCUGGCCGUCGAUUAUCCGGUGGACAAAGUUUCCUGCUAUGUCUCCGACGACGGCGCCGCCAUGCUUACCUUCGAGUCACUGGCGGAAACCGCCGAGUUCGCAAGGAAAUGGGUCCCCUUCUGCAAAAAGUUCUCGGUGGAGCCCCGGGCGCCGGAGUUCUACUUCUCACAGAAAAUCGAUUACCUCAAGGACAAAGUGCAGCCUUCUUUCGUCAAGGAAAGGAGGGCCAUCAAGAGAGAGUAUGAGGAGUACAAAGUGAGGAUAAAUGCUUUGGUUGCAAAGGCUCAGAAAACACCGGAAGAAGGCUGGGCCAUGGCAGACGGAACGCCUUGGCCGGGAAAUGAUUCAAGAAACCACCCUGGCAUGAUUCAGGCUUUCUUAGGAAGCACUGGAGCACAUGACAUGGAAGGAAAUGAACUCCCAAGACUGGUUUAUGUAUCCAGGGAGAAGAGGCCAGGGUAUCAACACCACAAAAAAGCUGGUGCAGAAAAUGCUCUGGUUAGGGUGUCUGCAAUUCUAACAAAUGCGCCCUACAUUCUCAACCUCGACUGCGAUCACUAUGUUAAUAACAGCAAGGCCAUCCGCGAAGCGAUGUGUUUUAUGAUGGAUCCACAUGUUGGUCGUGACUUAUGUUACGUGCAAUUCCCUCAGCGAUUCGAUGGUAUUGAUAAGAGCGACCGAUAUGCCAACCGUAAUGUCGUAUUCUUUGAUGUGAACAUGAAAGGAUUGGAUGGAAUCCAAGGGCCGGUUUAUGUUGGUACGGGUUGUGUUUUCAAUAGGCAAGCACUUUACGGUUAUAGCCCUCCAUCCAUGUCCAAAAUACCGAACCCUUCAUCUUCGUCGUGUUCAUGGUGUGGUUUGUGCUGCUGUUGCUGCCGCAGAAAGAAGGCUAUGGAAGAGAAGGAUGCAGCCGAGCUUUACCGUGAUGCCAAAAGGGAAGAUCUCAACUCUGCACUUUUUAACCUAAGGGAAAUUGAGGAUUAUGAUGAGUAUGAGAGAUCAUUACUCAUCUCUCAGAUGAGCUUUGAGAAGACGUUUGGUUUAUCUUCCGUAUUCAUAGAGUCCACAUUAAUGGAAAACGGAGGAGUUCCCGAUUCAACUGAUCCAUCCACACUCAUCAAUGAAGCCAUUCAUGUCAUCAGUUGUGGGUAUGAAGAGAAGACUGCCUGGGGCAAAGAGAUUGGUUGGAUAUAUGGAUCAGUGACCGAGGACAUUUUAUCGGGCUUCAAGAUGCACUGUCGGGGAUGGAGAUCGAUUUACUGCAUGCCCGUGAGGCCCGCGUUCAAGGGAUCAGCCCCAAUCAACUUAUCAGACAGGCUGCACCAGGUCCUCAGGUGGGCUUUAGGAUCUGUUGAGAUUUUCUUUAGCAGACAUUGUCCAUUGUGGUAUGGCUUUGGAGGCGGCCGCCUGAAGUUGCUCCAAAGACUUGCCUAUAUCAACACCAUUGUCUACCCUUUCACCUCCAUUCCCCUUGUUGCUUACUGCUCCUUGCCUGCUGUCUGUCUCCUCACAGGACAAUUCAUCAUACCAACGCUGACGAACCUCACGAGCAUUCUGUUUCUCGGAUUGUUUCUCUCCAUCAUUGUGACGAGCAUUCUUGAGCUGAGGUGGAGCAGGGUGAGCAUAGAGGACUGGUGGAGGAACGAGCAGUUCUGGGUGAUCGGAGGGGUUUCAGCCCACCUCUUUGCGGUCUUCCAGGGACUGCUGAAAAUGGUUGCAGGGAUAGACACCAACUUCACAGUGACAGCUAAGGCAGGGGAGGACGCUGAGUUUGGAGACCUCUAUGUCUUCAAGUGGACCACCGUCUUGAUCCCUCCAACCACCAUCCUCAUCGUCAACCUGGUGGGGGUGGUGGCAGGCUUCUCCGACGCGCUCAACAGCGGGUACGAGAUCUGGGGCCCGCUGUUCGGGAAAGUGUUCUUUGCAUUUUGGGUCAUCUCUCAUCUCUACCCCUUCUUGAAAGGUCUCAUGGGUCGCCAGAAUCGCACCCCCACCAUCGUUAUCUUGUGGUCGGUUCUCUUGGCCUCCGUUUUCUCUCUCGUCUGGGUGAAGAUCAAUCCUUUCGUUUCCAAAAACGACCCUGCAGCUUUGGCUCAAAACUGCAUUUCUAUCGAUUGCUAAAGAUGGAGGGAGCUCUAUUUGAGAUUAUUUAUGGUUAUAGAAGUCUGAGAUU